AUGGUUUUAAAAGGUUUCUCCAACUCGCACCAUGAUUUCCGCUUUCCAGAGGCAGUCUUCUUGACAUCGCGGUUCGGAAACCCUGUUAUUCAAAUAGGAAACUAUAGAUUUAGCAAAUGGAGCGGCAGCACAGGAGCGAAAACUCGUUGGAUCUGUAUCAAGGAUCAUAAGGGGUGCCGAGCGAAGCUUUGGACCUACGAUGAAGUCAUUAUCAAGUAUCACGAUAACCACAACCAUUAA